AUGAAGAGGAGGUGGAACGGCAUUUCGCCGUUAGCCCUGCUACUUCUCCUAACUCAAAUCCCUCACAAAAAUGCGCAAAUCAAUCAGAAUGUGGGUGGAACGGCACAAAAUCCAACUAUAAAUCAAGUUUCAUCUGGUCAAUUAUUUUCGGGAACCGGCAACAAUCCUUUCUAUGGAGGUUGGUAAAUAAAAACUUUUUUUUUGGAAAAAGGUGCUUUCUGAGUUUUGAAAUAGAAAGAAAGUGGUGAAUAGAAUGAUUCUAAAAAUAACUUGAAAAGGGAAGCGGAACUUUUUUGGGAAAAUUCAAGAAAAAUUUUAGUAUAGAGAAUUAGAAAUCUGGGAUCUAAAACAAUUCAUCUCUCUAAUUUUUCAGUAAAUCUCGUCCCAUUCGGCCCAGAAGCCGGUGAUCUUGUCGUAAACCCUUCUAUGCUCACAGCCGGUAUGACAAUCGAUCUCCACAUGUUUUUCCCAUAUUACGGUGGCCUCUACAAUUACACCACAAUCUCUGUAAAUGGUUACAUGGGUUUCGCGACAGUUUUAGACCAGGGUCCAACAAUUAACAUUGGUGAUAGUACAGAUUGGCCAAGACAGGAAGAUCCAGCAAUGAUUGCUCCAUAUUUGUGUAAACAACAAGUUCCACAAACUGGAAAUCCUGCAAGAAGAGCUGGUGUUUAUUAUCGACUUCUUCUUCGACAAUCAUUAUUUGGAAGAGAAUCAAAUUCGAAUACAAAUUUGGGAGGAACAAUGACAUCUUCAUCAUUUUUCGGACAAUCUGCAUCAUUAGCUUGUCCUGGAACUGCUGACACUUAUGUUAGAUGCGAUCAAAACAGUGAUUAUUUCUUGGAUCAAAUGAUGAUUUGGAUUCAAGAAGGUGUUGCUGGUGGUGCGAUGUUCCGAGCUGACGCUGCUGUUGUUGUCACUUGGUAUAAUACCGCUUCUGCAAUCUCCGGAAGAUCUGACAUUGAUGCCGGUCAGACUGGAACAUAUCAAGCUAUUUGGUUGACAGAUUCGACUGCUAGAUUAUCCUACGUAAUUCUCAAUUAUGAUCGUCUUGGUUUUGAUGCUCAAGAUUUCCGAGCCAAUUCAAGAUCUGGAAGAUGUCGCGCUGUUUUCAACGGAGGAAAUCAUACAGGAAGUGUUGAAGUUGAUCCAACUCAACCAUACAAAAAUUCACCAAAAGUUUUGGCGCAAAGAUCUGGAGUUCCACAUAUGGUUCGAGGAAGAUAUAUGUUCAGAGUUGAUGAUAUUGUUAGACCAGCUGGAUGUUCAAAUAAAACUGGUGGAACUUGUGAGUUUCGGGAAUUUUAGACAAUUUUUCACGCAAAUAUUUUUCUUCAGAUCCCAUUAUGAUCUACCCAAAUAUCGUUGAUAUGUUAGGAGAAAUGACAGUUGAUGUCAACGCGUGUUGUUUGGAUCGUUCUCAAACUUACAUUAUGAUGAUUGAGGAAAGAGAAGUUGCCACGUGUCAAGUAAUCAAUCCAGCAAUCGCAAGAUGCAGUAUUCCAAAGAUUUAUGAUUGGGGAACCAAAACUGUCUAUUUCCAACCACAAUCAAGAGGUGCAAAUGAUGAAAAGGCUUUUGUAGGCUAUAUAUAUUUCGUUCCUCCUACUCUAGAUCCGAUGAGGUUAGACAUUGGAAAUAUCUAUGAGUGGUAUAAAAAUCCGAUGUCAAAUUAUCUAAUGCCAAUUUCCUGGUAUCCUCGAAAUUUCACCAAUCCCGAUAUUUUGAAUAAUGGUAAUAAUAUGGGAGUGAGAAUAUCAGAUGAUUCAAUGUACGGUGUUCAACUUGGAUUAUAUAUUGUUGGAUAUCGAGAAUAUAAGGAUGAUGAAAUCAAAAAGUUCCGACCUGAAUAUCGAACAUUGGCCAGAGUAACCACUUAUAGCAAUAAUAAUAGUCCAAACUAUAGAUGGUUGCCUCAAGAAGAAGUUAUCAAUACAAAUCAAAUUCAACAAUGGUAUUUGACCGAUUGGGAAAGGAUGCAUACCUUAUACACAUAUCGUGUCGGAUUUUUCAAAUUAGCACCGAUUAAUCCAAAUGAUCAAAAUGGAACACAUAUUCUGCCUGGACUCAUUUCUGCACCAAUCUCUUUACAUUGGUUAUGGUCUCCGGAUAAUCCGCAAUUCAAUUCGCUCACUUUGAAUCAACAAGAUCGUGACAUGCGAACUGAAUUUGUUAAGGAAAAAUCAAAAGAUAUGUGUAUUGAUUGGUACAACGAAGAUGGUGCACUUUGGAACUUUAUCAAAGAUACUGAAACCAAUACAUCUUGUCCAUGCGUCGAAUCACAAGCAUUAUUGGAUCUCGGAAGAUUUAUGCCACAUCCAAGAUGUUCGCAAAUGUUCCGUGAUAUCACUUGUACUACAGUUAUUGGUUCAAAGAAUUGUUAUAUGUCGGCUUCGAAUAUUUAUGCUAGUUAUUCCGGCGGUGGAAAUACUUUCCAUAAUCAGGAUACCAAGUGAGUUUUGGGGUUAGGCCUUACAGCGAUGCAUAUUUUCGAAACCUUCUAACUCUAUCAUUUUUUCCAGCCGCUUCAUGACUCACUACGGUCAAGUCUGUUGUUACGAUGAAGCUGGAUAUCUCAUGCAAACUCCCUAUCAACCAGUUAUCAAAACGCAGCGAGAAUAUUUCUACAAUCCCGGAUAUCCCUUACGUGCCUACGAGUUUGGAACAGCACCUUAUAUGGGCCAAUUUGAGGUAACUACCUUCCCAUUUUUAAUAUAAAAUUAAAAUUUCGAAUUCAGGUUCCUGGUCUUUCUGUUUUCCACAACGAUUACAUGCCCUACUUCCUUUGCUGUAAAUUUGCCGAUUUCCGAUGUCAGAUGUUCUACUGGCGACGUCCUUCUUCAGCUUGUCAACAAUAUCAAGCUCCUGCAGUUGGACACGCUCAAGGAACUGGAGUUAUCAAAACUAUCGAUAAUGAUAAUUUCAUUUUCAAUGAUCCAGGAAUCUAUAACUUCUUAUAUAUUCCAAAGUCAUUGAGAAAUCCUGAAGUAAAACUUCAGGUGAGAUUGGAAAGAUAUCCAGAUCGGAAAGUGGAUUUCGGAUUAUUGGGAAGAUAUAUCUCACAAUGGGAGUUGGUACAGCCAACAAAUGCCACAGUUUUCACCGGAAUUGCUCUCGAAGCCACUGGGACAGAUCGUGUAAUUGUUCAAACCAGAAAAGAUACCAGAAGAUUCCGUUAUCGAACAAAUAUCAUUGUUGGAAACAUCUUACGAUACUUCGAUACAAUCAGACUUCAAAGAUUCAAGGGAGUUCUAGUCUAUGUAAACAAUGUGAUUCGUGGUCAACCAGAAAUUUAUGUUGUGUUAGAAGAGGCUCAAAUUGGUGUGAAAGUUACUGAAAGUUAUGCAUUGGAUAUUGAUAGAUUGCCAAAUUAUCAAGAAAGUAUGGGAAUGUUGGAUAUUAUUUUAUCAGUUCCACCACAAUAUGGUGUAAGACCGGAUGGUGAUAAAACACAAGAAAUGCAAUAUAGAACACUUUAUAAUUUACCAAGAGUGUCUGGAUUAAUGAGACCAUUCCCUGAUCAAACAAGUGGGUCACUAAAUGAAGGAUUGACUUUGAAUGAUGUAAACUCGGAAACUUAUCGACAACAAAUUGUUAAUAAUUACUUGUUGACUGGAACUGGAGAAGCUGGAACACAACAAAAUAUGGCUGGAACUUUGCAACAAGGAAUGCCGACAGAGAAUAUGUUUACAACAUCGAAAGAGGAAGAUCGACAGUUCGAUGUGUUCCCGGAAGCUUUUAUGAGAUCACAACCAGUUUAUGCAAUGGCGCCGAUUUAUAGCACGUUAGUUGUUUUGGGGUGAAAAAUUGAAUAGCAAAAUAUGAAGGAGGAAAGUUUUAAAACUACAUUUUUAGCAAUUGCUUUCAAGUGAAGCGCUUUCCGAUUCUGGGUCAUUUUUUCCCAAAGUUAAUUUUUUCGAUUUCAAAAUACACCCAUAAUUUCCCCAAAAACUCACAUUUUUCCGGAUUUUCAAUAAAAUUUUAGUUGAGAGUAACAUAAGCAUGAAUGUUGAGCAAUUCGACAUUUUCACUGAAAAUAUGUUUUUUUUUUAUUUUCUAGAUAAAAGAAACCUUCGACUUACUUUAUGAUUUUUCGAAAUAUUCAAAAAUUUAGAAUCCGUUUAGAAGAUGCGCAAUUCGAUGAAACAUUUCCACGAUUUUGAAAAUCUGAAAUGAUCAAAAAUAUUUGUGGAUAAUAAAAAACACGUGGUCACUUUUUAUUUUAAAAAACGUGAAAUGUUUUAUUAGUAGGCUUUAAUAUGAGCAAUGUAUUUUAUUCAUUAUCAGUAAUUUAAUUUUUUCAGUGGCGCAUUCCGUUUUAUCCCACAAACCGGAGCAAUGAUCAUUCAAAUGCUCAACACAUGUCGUGAACUUCAAUCCAACGCCAACACUGAUCUCCAACCCUACCAAUCUCAAAUUUCGCUGAACUAUGGAAUGCGUUGUCCAGAUGAUCCAGGAAGUAUUUUAACAGAAUGCGGUGAUAGUGUAGCCUGUUUAUAUGAUUACACACUUCUCAAUUCCAAAGUGUUAGCAGAACAAGAAGAAGAGAGUUGGAAUAGUUUUGCAACUGAUAGAUCAAUUGCAAUUCGUCAAUACAACAGUUGCGGUGCAAUUAACAUUGAAUAUCCAGAAUAUAUGAUGAAAACUCCAGCUUUAGCUCCAGGAUAUUUGCAAGGAAAUGUUGCUCGAUUUGAAUGUUAUCAAUCACAUUGGGUUAAAGGAGAUCACGAAUAUAAAUGUGGAAUUGUUGUUGAUUAUAACAGACCAAAUGAAUAUCGAUUUGAAUGGAAUAAAGGAUCACAACCUUGGUGUAGAUCAAGAAUCAAGGAAAAUUAUUAUAAAUGGUUGGCCACAAUUUUCGGAAUAGUUGGAAUUAUCACAAUUAUUAUUUUAAUCUUCACACUUUGCUGGUGUAUAAAACAAAAGAAAUUGCAAGAUGCGAGAAAUUAUGGAGGAACUGCUGCCUAUAGUAAUAACGCAUAUCAACCUUAUGAAACGAAACCUCCUCGAACUUUAUCUGUUGGCGAUUUAUCGAAUGCUCCGAGAAAUGUUACAAUGCCAUUGCCACGUGGCACAACAGCAACACCGGCAACUUUGGAACCACGUGGAUUCUCACCAGCUCCGACUGCGACUGAUAUACGUGGAUCACAAAAUGGAUUGAUCGGAUUGAACACAAGUGUUUAA